AUGGCGGAAACCCUAGAAACUCUAAUCGACAACACUCAAGAACCCGAUUACUCCUACGAUCCCGAAGAAGAUGACAUUGAUCUCUCUCUCCUUCGUCUCAACAGCUUCGGAAACUCCUCCGAUCAUCAUCGCCGCCGUGCGAAUUCCUCUCCUCCGCAGUUUCAAUCGUACGGAUCUUUCGGUUCUUCUUCAACCGCCGCUACAAGUCCCGUGAAACGUCCAUCGCCGGAGUCGAAAGAAGCCACCGACGAGCCCAGACGGAAGAAACUGUUUCUUCCACGACCUGAAGAAGAAGACGAGAAGAUGUCUAAUCUCAUGGGAUAUUCGAAACUUCCGCUUCCUAUGAAUCUCAAUCCGAAUCGAAUCCGUUCUUCUCCUGUUUACCGGCGAUCUCUCUCCGAUACAUUUGCUUCUCCCGUCGGAUCUACAUUCGGGUCGGGUUAUACCCGUAACGGCGUCGCUCAGGAAUCAACACCGUCGGGUUGUAAUCUCGUCCCUUCUCUCCCGCCACGUCCACCGAUUUUCCGGAGAUCUGUCUCCGAUGUUUCUCCGGCACCGUCAAAGACUCUUUUCGGAUCUUCUCGACCCAGUGCGAUUCCUGAAGCUGAUCUUGUUAAUCCAGGAAGCUCUGAAGCCAAUAAGAUGUUGUAUGUGAUUAAAGAUGGAGUUCGUGAAUUGGAUCAGUGGUGUAACAAGCUCUUAAAGUACGGUGAAUCAGUUUCUUCUGUGAAACAAGAUGAUAGUUCUAAGGGAUCAAUGCAGGAAGAAGAUGAGACGACGCAAGAGGAGGAGCAGCAGAAAGAGUGUAAAGAAGGUGUUAAGGUGGAUAGAGUCGGCGAGGCGUUUGUGGUUGAGAUUAACUGUCCUUGUGGAAGGAACUACCGAACGCUCUUCUCGGGUCGUGACUGCUACUACAAGCUCUUGUAG